AUGGCAGACGUUCCUGUGCCGGAGACCACUGCAGAACAAGAGUUCGAGCUUUUUGGUCCAGGACCAGCUGCGGCAGCGCCUGAAGUCCGGCUCCUGCUCCUACGCAAGCACAGCCUUCUGUACCAGCGGGGGUUCGCCGACUGGUGCUACCGUGCCUCCUGUGCAAAGUCCAAAGGUUUUACGCCUGAGCAGAUGCCUGGAUUCAUGAUGGAAUUGCUUCGUCAGCAGAGAGAGAUGAUGGCAAUGAACCAGCAGCUCGUUGCGACGAUGCUCCGGAGAAUGGAUCUGGAAGAAGAGAGAAGGAACAAAGCGGAAGAGAAAGUUCACGAGGCAGCUGAAGCGGCCAAGCAGGCAGCAGAGUUCUGCCGCGAGUUCGGCAGUUUCUCCGGCAGUUCCGUCUCCUCUGGGUACUCUGGUGCUGGAGGCCGUGCAGAGAAGUAUCUGCCGAACCUUCCGGUGAUAGACCAUCAAGGCAUGGGGAAAGGGCGCAUGAAGGAGGUAGAGACUUGGCACUCCUUUAUGGAGACGCUGAGUUCCUGGCUUGCCCUGCAGGAAGAAGCGUUUGUUCGGGAACUGCAGCUUUGUAUCCCUGUGAAGAAGGAGAUUGUGCAAGCUGACUUGAAUCCCGAGACUGCCGCGCGUAGCUCCAAGCUGUUCUACUACUUGACGCAGUCCCUCGCCAAGUGGGAGCGGGGAAGCGAGCUCUUGAGGUCCUGCUCGAAGAGGCAGGGGCAGAGCGCCUGCGGCUACGAGGUGAUUAGAACGAUUACCUCUCAGUACUCCAUCGUGUCGCGGAUGGAAGCUGUCUUCGUGAGAGAACAGGCUUUGAAGUUGUACCAGCACGUUGGGCAUUUGAAGAGGCCCACCGACUUGAUUCGACAUCUUGAGGAUUCGUUUUCGAAGUCUGAAGCGAAGCUGAGCAACUUUCCGGAGCUUCAGCUGUCUGAGGCUGACCGCUGCUCUGUCCUUUUGCAGAGCUUGGGUGCAGAAGUGCGUCAGUACGUGGUACUGCACGGGUCCAGCUCGAACUGGGAAGCUCUUCGAAGGACGCUGACUUACUACGAGGAGCAGCUGCGACUGUGUGAGGCCCCUGGGUCUUCGGGCCGAGCCUUGCAGGAGAAGCUUUGCGACUACUGCGGGAAGAAGGGACACACAGCCGACAAGUGUUGGCAGCGCCAAAAGGAAGAACGCGAACGCGGUGGUGCUCCGAAGGGCAAAGGGAAAGGAGACAAAGGAAAGCCGAAAGGCAAAGGCGACCAGACUCCCAAGGGAUCUGGCACGCCUCGUGGUUCCGAGAAGGGCCGAGUCGGGAGGAAGCGCCACAGUGAUGGCGAUGAGGUUUUCCUGUCCUGGGCGUGGUUCUUCGGAGCCCUCUUCUUCGGUUCUGAGUCUAUGGGCUCCUUAGGAUCCCGUGUGUUGAAGCACGGCGACGUAGCUCAUGUCUGCAAGGCCCUCGAGACUACUCCUGGGGACCUGUGGCUAGUCGAUAGUGGAGCCACCUGCCACAUUGUUUCUGACAAACAUCUCUCAGGAUUUCGUGUUGUCAAGAAGUACGACCGAACGGCCAAUCUGUUCAACGCCUCGGGUGGUGCGAUCGUCGUUUCGGGGGUUGUCGACCUUGAGGUUCAUUUUGGAGAUGUUUUCCUGAGGUUGGAAGAGGUCUUGGUGGCGGAUGUUGGGUUCAACGUUGUUUCGCCUUGGACCGGGUCGGAACGGGGCUGGAAAACCUAUCUAGCCAAAUCGGGAUCACGAUUGUACAAAGGAAACGGAAAGAAGAGCAUCAAGCUGAUGGGCGCUUCGCGCGCCUGGUGGGCUCUGAGCGGGAGGUCCAAGGGCCGGGGGAAAGAGAAUUCUUCCAGACGCCCCCCGAAAGGGAUCGAGGACAUGGAGAUAGAUGCCUUGAAGGACCGCGACCUGCUAGGAUCGAGCAAGGAGUCCACCGCAGGACCCCAGAAGCCUGGAGAAGGAAUCCUGAAGAAAGGAAGAAAGACUUCGGAAGAAGACGAGUCUGGCCGCCACGCUUUGGCUGCCACUCCUUUUGGGAAACAGUCGCAUGUUGGCAUGGUGCUUUGCAUGUUUUUGGCAUGUUUUUCCAUGGUUUUGCGAUGGCAUGUUUUCAUGAUGGACAUGGUUGUGCAAGCGCAGUGGGUUUUUGCGGCUGUGCUCAAGCGGGCUUUUACCCUUACGGCUUUUGCAGAAAGACUCGGCAUACGCCUCUUUUUCCUGCUAUGGGAAACUAUCUGGGCGGAUCAAAGCCAGAAUGCGAGUGCCGGUGCGAAGUGUGCGGAAAGCAGGUCUGCGUCAGACGCAAACCUGCGCACACCCAUCAUUAUUGCUGGGCCUGUAUCCAGCACUGGUCGGGGCUGCAAUGGCUACGUGCCCACGACGAAGUACCAGAUUCGCAGUAUGCUGAGAGCGAUGCUGAUGGUAGCAUUGCAGCUGGUUGGGUCUUGCUUGAUGGCAAGUGAAGAAGACAGAAGCAACUGCGUGAGUCUAGGAAACAGCUGCGUGAACCUAGGUCUCCCUUUGGAGAUCAUAAUGGACGGUGCCAGCGGGGACGAGUUUACCCCGAGUGUUGCUUUGAGCAGCCCAGGUUCUCCUGGGAAACCGCCUACUCCACCGGCUUUGGAGAGCCCCUCUUUCGAACUACCGGGGGUCGAGCCGCCGGGUGGGGGACCAUCGUCGCCGGUGGCGGUCUACCCGUCGCCAGUGGUGACGGAAGCAGCGGAGAGCUCUGCAGACGGCCCUUCGCAGGCAGAUGCUGCUGGAAGCCCUGUGGAGGAGAAUGCUGCGAGGAGUCCGCCGAAGGCGGAUAUUGCAGAGAGCCCUUUGUUCUCAGAGAGCGAAGGGGAGGAGAGUUGGGGCACCCAGUGGCCGAAUCCUUCGAAGCGCCUGCGCGCUGGGGUUCCUUCAGAGGUCGAGGGGCCUACGCCACCGCGGGUUGGAAUCCCGGCGAAUAUCUCGCCGGGCUCGCUGAGCCCUCCGUUUGGUGCUGUUCAGAUGGAUGUGGGAACCCAACUCCUCCUGAGAGCGUUGAGGCUGGAGGCUGGCCGCAGAUGGGAGCAUGCGGAAACACUGGGCCUUGCAAAGGUCUCGGUCGACUCUACCGAGCCUAUUCCGUUGCUCUCGCACUUGGCGGGGAUUCCAGCGAACAUGAACGAUGCCUACGAUGCCCCAUCCCUGGCGUUCUGUGCGCCGGCCACGCCUUGA